AUGCCCCAGCUAAAUACCACCGUAUGGCCCACCAUAAUUGCCCCAAUACUCCUCACACUAUUUCUCAUUACCCAACUAAAAGUUUUAAACACAAAUUACCACCUACCCCCCUUACCAAAAACUAUAAAAAUAAAAAACUUCUGUAAACCCUGAGAAUCAAAAUGAACGAAAAUUUAUUCGCUUCAUUCAUUGCCCCCACAAUCCUAG